CUUCGGUUAUGGUGCUAAGGAAAGAUAUUCGUGUUUAGUGCAUUUUAAAGUUGUUUUCACGAGAAAAAAAUUUAGUUAUUAGAUAAUUAUAGUAAAUAACUUCCAUAUGUUUACAGAAUCUAAAUAUAGAAAAUAAGAGAUAUGUUGAUCAAACUUUAGCUAUCUUUGCUGUAGUGGAAACAUAAAAAUUAAACCAUUUGAGAAAAUGUAGGUAGGUUCGAAGCGUUAACGAUCAAAAUGAGUUUAAAAAAUAGUGUGUUAGUUCUUUGCAUGUACGUUAUAGGAAUGUGGGUAUUUCUAUCAGGAUAUCUCUUAAAACGUAUUGUUAUCCAUCAGAAUAGCACAUUUGAUAUUAACAUGGAAACUGAAAUUAAAUGUCACGAUAUCACAUCUUUACAUGAGAUUUCCAAGCAUUUUAUUGAGAAGUUACAAGUCAACUCAAUUAAAUCAAAUAAUAAAAACUAUUUGAAAAGAUUUGAUCGUGCUGUUGUAAUUGUUAUUGAUGCGCUUCGUUACGAUUUUGUAAAUAGUGAGAAAUCUUAUGAUAAUACAGCAUAUUAUAGAAAUAAAAUGCCUAUAUUUAAGCAAGUUGUAGAAGAGAGACCGGACCAUGCUAUUCUUCUUCCUCUUAAUGUUGAUCCACCAACAACAACACUGCAGAGACUAAAAGGCUUUACAACUGGCAGUCUUCCAACUUUUAUAGACAUUAGUCUUAAUUUUGCGACUUCGGAAGUGAUAGAAGACAAUAUUAUCCGACAGAUUAAGAUGCAUAAGAAUCAUAUUGCAUUCAUGGGAGAUGAUACCUGGGAAAGCCUGUUUCCUGAUCAUUUUUAUAGAUCAUUUCCAUAUCCAUCUUUUAAUGUUAAGGAUUUGGACACUGUUGAUAAUGGAAUUUUAGAUCAUCUUUAUGAAGAAAUGGAAAAAAAUGAUUCUGAUAUUAUAAUAGCUCACUUUCUUGGUGUUGAUCAUUGUGGUCAUCGAUAUGGACCAAAACAUCCUGAGAUGUCAAGAAAAUUGCUACAAAUGAAUAAUGUUAUUCAGAAAGUUAUUCUGGAAUUGAAAAAUAAUACUCUGUUAAUUGUUCUUGGGGACCAUGGAAUGACAGAAAGUGGAGAUCAUGGUGGUGACAGUGCACAAGAAGUUUCUACAGCAUUGUUUAUAUAUAGUCCUUCCAAAAUCAUAUCUGAUGUACUAGUUCAUAAAAACAUGGCUGUUUCACAAGUGGAUGUAGUUCCUACCAUGUCUUUACUUUUGGGAUUGCCAAUACCUUUUUCUAAUUUAGGCAUUGUGAUACCUGAACUGUUUACUUUGAAUAUGAAGGAAGUGUGUUUCCAUGAAGAUUUAGAUCCAUUGGUAGGUGCUGCUUUAGCACUUGCUGAAAACUGCAUUCAAGUACAAAAGUAUCUUCAAGCCUACAGUACUGUUUUUGGGGAACUGCCUGAUGCAUUUGUAGCAUUAGCUGUAGAGCAGCUGAAAAACAUAUCCAUGUUAUGGCAAAAAAUUUCAGAUAAUGUAAAUCACAGUAAAAAUAUUCUGUCUGAAAUUUGUGCAUCCUACACAAAAUAUUUAUAUUAUGUCCGAAAUGUGUGUGAAAAGAAAUGGGCUACUUUUAACUUUGAACUAAUAACAUUAGGUACAAUUAUAUUAUGUUUCACUUUGGCUUUUAACUGUUGGAUUGCAGAGCAAUUAAGUUUCAAAUAUUUUUUAUUCAUUUUUUGCACAAUAUUAUUUUUUUCUCUAUUAUUAACAUUAUAUAUUUUCAGUAAAAUAAGCAUCUGGCUUGUUAUUACUGUAAUUAUGUUAUAUUUAUUAGUAAUGUAUUAUAAGUUACUUAUUGGAGAAUUGCUUCAUUUUUGUCUAAAACUAUCUAAUGUUCCGUUUUUAAUAUGUACACUGUUCUUUUUUGCUAGCUUUUCUAAUAGUUUUGUUAUAAAUGAAGAUCGUGUUUUAUUGUAUUUUCUGCAAUCAGCUAUAUUGUACACAUUUUGCCCCUGCAUUGUAGAAUGCAUAAAAUAUCUUUUUCCAAAUCCUGCUAAUAAAACUAAAACUGGGAAGAAAAACCAGAAAGUGACAUUCAAAUUCAUAUUGCAACCUGUUUUUCUGUCAUGCCUUAUGGCAUGCGUUAGACUUGGUUCAAUGUUUUAUAAAUGUCGAGAAGAGCAAACGCAAUGUGUGAACUAUGAUAUUAUAAUUUCUUUAGAGAAACUGCAUCAUAAUGAGUCAUACAAAUUAUCAAGACUUUUAUUAUCAUUAAUAUCUCUGAUAAUUCCUGUAGCAAUAUUUCUUCAAAUAAUAUCUAGCAAAUUUCCAUCAAAAUCUCUUACAGUAUCAGCAGUUUGUAUAAAAUAUGGAAUUUUUUUUGUAUGUGUGUGCACUUCACUUCGAUGGUGGCUUAACAUUGUACCCUUAGAAGCAGUGGACAGAAUACUCCAAGGGAAUGAAGUUGUCCUCACACGUGCUGCUUCAUUGACUGUAAUAAUCAUGUUAACAAUUAUUGGUUUGUUUCCAAUGCUAUCUGAGAAACCAUGGGAAAUCUCAUCAAAAGACGUUUAUUUUGGAAGCCUUGGAUCUUUGUUUUUUGUUGUUUUACAGCUGUUGUAUUUGACUGCAGGAGAUGCAAUAGCACCCGCAAUUGCAUUAAUGUAUUUUUCUACAUUACUGUGUUUCCUUCUUAAUGAUACCUCUUUUAGUAAUUCAGGACCUCAAACAAAAUCUCAGAUCUGGAUGAAUGCAAUUAUUUGGAGCCUAUUGGCACGCCACUGGUUUUAUGCAACAGCUCACCAAGCAACCUUUACUUCAAUUCAGUGGGAUGCAGCUUUUCUAUUAAAUCAUAAGGAGAUCUACAGUUAUACAUUAUCUGGAGCUCUAGUUAUUCUAAAUACAUUUUCUUCGUACAUUUUACACGGUUUAACACUGCCAGUACUUUUGAUAUUGUCACAGCCAUCAACAUUUACCAAAAAAUUGCUUUAUAGAUUUCAUAUGAAAUAUUUAUGUUGCUGGGGAGUAAAGCUCAUAGGAACAGUGAUUGCUUCAAUCAUCUUGCGACGUCACUUGAUGGUAUGGAAGAUAUUUUCGCCAAAAUUACUGUUUGAAGUUUUGGGAAUGAUCAUCACUAUGAUUUCUUCCUUACUCAGUUGCUGUUUUAUAGCUAAGGUUUCAGCUCAGUAUCAUAAACUCAUCAGAAUGAAUCUUAGCCAUAUGUUUUCUUCUGAAGAUCAAUAGAUUAAUUGAAUUAUAUUUUGAAAUAAAGUUAUUUUUAAAUUAUA